UCUCGGCCAAUAGCAGUAGACAGAGGCGGAAGUGAUCCGUUCCUGUCCUAUGUCCGGGUGGAAGUGGUGCUUUGGAUCCCACAAUUCCGAUCUCGGUUCGCUCCCGCCGCCAAGAUGCCGGGCGCGGCCGAGAAAGAGUCGGAGCUGUCGGAGCGGAUCGAGGCCUUCGUGGCGCGGCUGAAGCGGGGCGGGGAGCGGCUCAGCUCGGAGGAGGCGGCCCGGCAGACGGUGGGGCUGCUGCGCAAGAUCAUCGGCCAUGGGCGCUGGGGCAGCGCGGGAGAGCUGAUGGCGCUGAUUCGGAAGGAGGGCAAGAGGAUGACUGUAGCCCAGCCAUCUGAGACCACUGUGGGAAACAUGGUGCGGCGAGUGCUGAAGAUCAUUCGUGAGGAGUAUGGCAGGCUCCAUGGGCGCAGUGAAGAGAGUGACCAGCAGGAGUCACUGCACAAGCUUCUGACCUCUGGAGGGCUCAGUGAGGACUUCAACACUCCCUAUCCCCCACUCAGGGCUAAUGUGAUUGAAGCUAUUAGUGAGCUGCUAAUAGAGCUCGAGGGCACCACUGAUAACAUUGCAAUGCAGGCACUGGAGCACAUCCAUUCCAAUGAGGUGAUCAUGACCAUUGGCUACUCUCGCACCGUCGAGGCUUUCCUGAAGGAGGCAGCACGCAAGCGGAAAUUCCAUGUCAUUGUGGCAGAGUGUGCACCCUUCUGCCAGGGUCAUGAAAUGGCCGUCCGUCUGUCCAAAGAGGAGAUUGAAACCACUGUCAUGAGCGAUGCAGCCAUCUUUGCCGUCAUGUCUCGAGUCAACAAGGUGAUCAUUGGUACGAAGACAAUCUUGGCCAAUGGGGCAUUGAUCGCUGUAAGUGGGACUCAUACCCUGGCACUGGCAGCUAAACACCACUCCACUCCCCUCAUUGUCUGUGCACCCAUGUUCAAGCUUUCACCGCAGUUCCCUAAUGAAGAGGAUUCAUUCUACAAGUUUGUCUCUCCACAAGAAGUGCUGCCAUUCACAGAAGGGGAGAUCCUGUCAAAGAUCAAUGUUCACUGCCCAGUGUUUGACUAUGUUCCCCCAGAGCUCAUUACUCUCUUCAUCUCCAAUAUUGGCGGUAAUGCACCCUCCUACAUCUAUCGCCUCAUGAGUGAGCUCUACCAUCCCGAUGACCAUGAACUCUAAGCUCUACUGGCUUGAAGUGCCUCAAGUGUCCAGGCUCUUCCUACCUUGCUCUUUCAGAAGAUCCAGCAGCUAAAUAAAUCCAGGGCUACAGAGAUAGGGGUGACUGUCUUCAAAAGGAAAACAUCUGCAUGGAGUAUAAUGUUUCCACCCUAGCCAAGAGCAGCAGUGAGCAGAGAUCUACACCUGGCUUUGCUUCUGUCACUCGUAUUACAAGGCACAUGGAGCAGUUUUUAAUCCAUUUGAUUUUUGGAACCUGUUGUUGCCAUUCUUCUAUAUCUCCACUGAAGUUCUGUUCAAUGAUGGACCGGGUAUAAAUGGAAUUCUCUGUUGCCCCCAAGCUGCAUUACCUUAGUGUGCUACAAUAAAGACUGCUUGUAGUGA